AUGGUUGGCCGGUUCCAGCCAUACUUGUAUGAUGCGCCUGUCGACGACUCGACGUUCAAUCCAAAAGCUGUGACUAUGGCCAGUCGUAUGCCACCAUCGCCGCCAAAGAAGAAGCAGGAAGGCCCACUCAUCGACUUCAACAAACACCCAGACAGCUACUUGAUCCUACCAUAUGGCAACACCAAUGCGAAGCCCAUGAACAAGAAGACGAAGACCUUUAUCAAGAUCGCGCGAUGGCCUGGCGCUGAUCUUGUCAUCUGCCUAUACGCCAUCUACCACCUCGUCCGCAACGCAAAGUCUCGACCACCGGGGAGCUCCGCCAGCUACCACUUCUUCGCCCUUGUCACCGAUGCUGGCUUCAUACCGUUUUACGUAUUCACUGUGUUGCUUUCGCGACGCAAUUCUGACAUGGAAGCUGGGACUGUUGGGCGUUGGCGAACUAUGUUCCCCACUGAUGAGGAGACAAACAAGGUCCUUCUCACGACUUGGCUGACUUCAAUUGCUGUUGCUGGUCUGCAUCUGAUCUCUCUCUUCCUGGACAUGUACCUCCUCGUUAUAUUCAGGAAGAUCGCGAAGUUGCCACCGGACAUGAACCCGCUCGAAGACAACUUGACAUCGCGCAGGAAGACCAAGCACAAGCACAAGAACUCAUCCAUCUCGGCUCUGACUCCCUUGACCGGCGACCAGGAGAAGAGAUUCAGCAACCUCAGCAGUCAGAGUACCGUGCCUGGUGAUCGUCUUUCGCAGAUGGAUCCUCUCAUCUCAAGAGACAUUCCAAGUCCCCAUAAACAUCAGGUGGCCUUCAUGCAUACACGAACCAACUCAGACAUGACCUACUCGCCCCACAUACCACACUCGGCCCGUCAAUCAAAGGAGAGGUUUUCUAUGUACUCGCAACCUGCAACCGCUCAUCAAUCACGAAGAGACCUCAACCACCGCGAUGACCUUCACAAGCGCGACGAUAUGGAUGACAACGAAACCCUAGCUCAACGCAAGUCUAUGCUCGCUCAACAGGCAAACAUCAAACGACACGCUCGCGCAGAGUCAUACAUUACGAACUCAUCCAAGGAGAACUUCUACACGCCCCCAGCCACUGCUCGAUCCGACAAGCAGCCAGGCGCCGGAGAUCAUUCUCUACAAAGGAACAGCCGCGAGACGUUGCAGAAUGACAAUUGGUUUGUCCAUCCCGAUGAAGAGAACGCGCCGGAACCAGAGCAGCAGUACGCAGCUCCUGCUACCACCAAGCAGUCCAUGUUCAGCACCAAGAACCAAUCCAACCAAGGCUACAACACACUCUCCCCGUACGACGACGACGUAUCGGACGUGGAACAGGAGUACGAGCUCGACCAGGCCAUGGCCCCCCAACCCCUCCCCACCAACGGCGUCCGCAGCGGCGCCUCCCCCGCGAACUCACCCUCUACAUCCCCCUCCAAGCCCUCGUACCGCACACAACAACCAAACCACUUCCCCUCGGCCACCAAGCAAUACAUCUCCAACACGCCACCUCCAUCGUCGCACUCGCCUGUCAAAGCCUCGCCCUUCACGCUCGACAAGAAAUCGUACACCAGCGUGCGCAGGACUGGUGAUAUCGGGUAUCAGCCUGUCAAGGGCCAGAGUCCGCGCGUGGUGAGCAGGAGUGGUGUGGAUUACAUCAAUCCGUAUGAGUUUGACGAUUCGGAUAUUGCGACGGGGAGGAGAAGGGAUGUUAGUGGGAAGGUGGCGGAGGAGGGGAGAGGGGGGUGGGGAAUGGGCGGGAUGACGUUUAGGAAGAUUAGUGGGAUGGCUUGA